AAUACAUUACCGUAUGUUGAAAGCAAAUCUCAACAUAUUCCAAACGUUACGUUUACUACAAAUGAAUUGAAAGAAAUAUACAACACUAAUUAUUCGAUUGAAUAUACCACAAUCGAUACGAACUACGUGAAUACUUUGAACAAUAGAGAAUCGAAUACGGGUGAUGAACUGAGCAAUAAAGUGACAGAGUUGGCUCUCAAAAUAGCCGGACCAUUCGUAUUGUUAUACAUCGGCAUGGCACUGUUUAUAUUUCGAAAGAAACUCUGCUCCAUAUGUGGACAGAACAACGUAGUUCCGAAAGAAGACAUAACGCUAGAGUCAAACAUCGUCACGAUACCUGAUGACAGUAUAUAUUCCUUUGCAAAAGAUACAGAAUGCAAUUCACAAUUGGCAAGCGAUCUACGUCGUGCUGAGGAUGAUGAGUGUCGCAUUCAACAACUGGAAGACGACGAUCCAACAUACAGUAGCACCAACGAAACCUUAUCGAAAAGUCAACGUGCAUCAGCAAGGCCUGACAUCGCAGCGUGUGUCCCUCCUUCAACAUUGAAAGUGGACGGAGAGUAUUCAUACAGUGUGGUUAACAAAUGUAAGAUUUUUAGAAACACGUUUCGUUUCCUUUUAUGUCCGUCUAAAAUUAUACUAACAUAUAUAUCCAACGCAAAGUUUGGAAUCGAUAUAAAUGCUCACUGUUGA